AUGUACUUCACCAGCUGCUCCACGGGCUGCCAGCAGGCCAGCUGCACCCCCAGCCCCUGCCAGACGUCCUGCGGCAUGCCCAGCUCCUGCCAGACAUCCUGCGGCGUGCCCAGCUCCUGCCAGGUGACCUGCUGCACCCCCAGCCCCUGCCAGACGUCCUGCGGAGUGCCCAGCUCCUGCCAGACAUCCUGCGGCGUGCCCAGCUCCUGCCAGACGUCCUGCUGCGUGCCUGUGAGCUGCCAGAUAGCCUGCUGCACCCCCAGCCCCUGCCAGCCAGUUGUGUGCCUGCCCGUGAGCUACAAGCCCAUUGUGUAUGUGGCUCCCUCCUGCCAGUCCUCUGGGGGCUGCCAGCCCUCCUGCCCCACCCUGGUCUGCAGGCCUGCCCCCUGCGGCACCUCUAACUGCUGCUGA